GUACAUAAUCUGACCAGCUCAUCUAAUAAUGAAUCUCUUUGCAUACUACAGAAAAACUUCUUUUUCACUAAUGAAACGCUUGACGAUUCAAUAUAUUCAAUAAAUCCUGACAAAGUAUUCUUAGUGCUGAUCACUUUCAAAAUGAACAGAGAUGUUGGUUUUACAAUGACUAUUUAAGCAGAACAACAAAACAACGUUUCGUCGAACAUUGGGAUAUCCGUCCCAAGUAUUAAUUUUUUUUGAUUGAUUACAAAGAAUGACGUACAUAUGUACAAUGUGGAUGUUAACUCAUUAAAGGGUAAACACAGUGACUACAACCAGUUGAGUUCUUUGAAUAUGCAUAAAAAUAUUUUCCCGGAAAUUAGACAUUCAUCAUGCUAAAAGGAUGAUGUAAUAACUUUUUUAUGACGAAAACUGAAUACUGCUAACAAUCGAAUUUAGUAGUAUAUGUAAAAUAACAAAAUUUUCAUUGAUGAAUUCAUAUAUUGUAUCUUACUCAGUUUGAAUCAAAUCUGCAUUUAACUAAUAAUCAGAUUGACGGUACCAGGACAAUCAUAUAUGUAUAUCAUUAAAUUUGUUUUAGUCUCAUCUGUAUUGAAAGUUUGAAAAAAAAACAAUGUUUCUAUCAAAUUGGAUAAUAUUAUUCACUCACUUAUUUCUAGUAAAUGAGUUACAGUACACUGUAAUAAUGUACAACAGUUUUAAUCUCUAACCAAUUAAAACAAAACCGGAAAAUUCCAUUCCACUCUCUUUUUUUGUAGAUUGUUUAAAUCCGCUUGUGUUGAAUAAUGAAGCUAACAAAAUAGCUUACUUUCUUUCACACAUACACACACUUUAAUUUUAGCAUAGUUUGAUUUGGUAAUUAAAAUGUACAGACAAAUUUAACCUCAUAUGACCUUGAACAUUGAAUUUAUUGAUUUCACCAUAUAAUCAUCAACUAACUGACUGAUGGUUAGAAUAAAUUCGCUAGAAAAUAUCACUUCCGUUUCAGUGUUGUAAAUGUAUUCCCACUACUAUUAGUAAUGCUUAACAAUGACGUCUAUCUGAUAUGGUUUUACUUUUUCUACUUUACGUGAGAAUUAUUUGCCUGUAAGGAAUAUUACUGAAAUUUGCUAGAAUAAAUACAUCAGAGAUCAAUAGUUAUAUACGUGUGAGUUUAUGAGAUAUAGAGAAUGAAAAGAAAACAUGAUAAAUACAACCCAACAUCACAUAAAAUCAGUUAUAUAAAAACAUUGUCCAAAAGAGCGAAAGAGCUACAGUAGUACAUCAACUCUGUGGAGCAAAGAGAAAAACUAUUUAAUGACUGUUUUCCAGCAGAACAGUUACCCAUGCAACUUUAACAAAAGAUGUUUACAUAAUUCGUCAUCAGCCAAAAAGUUAAUAUUGAAGAAAACCAACAGACAGAUUGUCCCACCCUUCAUGAAGAACGUCUUCAAGAUCUCGGGUAGAUUACUAAAGCCAUUUGGAAUCGCUUUAGCUCACAAACACACAAAAUCUCUUCACUCUCUGUUAUACAGGUCAAAAGAUAUUAUAGCAAACUGUGAAACACACUACGUUGGAUACAAUGGUUGCCCUUUUAGCAUCUGUCCAUAUGAACAUAAACUAGCAGUGAAACGUCAUAUCUUCGCUUACAUCAGCACAUAGAGACAACUGUAGACAUGAAUUUGACUGAAUAAAUGUGGAAAUUUUACACAGAGAAAAUACAAAGGACGCUGGAGAAUUUUUAGAAGCUUGCUAUUCAGUUACUUAUGGUUUGGACAUAAGUGGAAGUAUGCUGAAUAGAAGACAGAGACAGUCACUGUAUGACUCAGAUGCAUAUGCAAUAGAUUCUAAACCAGAGUUGAAAGCAAGUCAUGGUCCCAAUUUUACGCAAAUUACAUGUCGCGUUAAUCGACCCAAGCCAAAUGCUGAAAUUUAUCUAACAUGUCCUGCUUUAGGCGAAAAUAAAAUACUCGGAAAUUGUUAUCAAGGAUGUCAACCAACUAAUCCCUGCUUACAUUCAACACAACAACAAUUUGGAUGUGUACCACAUGAUCAAACAGUGUUUUGCCAAAAAAUGGAAUUCCCUAAUGGAAGUAUUCUACUGAAUCUGAAAGUGGACCGAACUGAUAAGCGGUUGACUGGUUUGUGGUCAUGUACACAUGCUGGUCUAGAGAGUACAAAGUUUGAGAUAGAUCUAAAAAGUUAUUCAAAUGUGAAUGAAAUGGCGCCAGAACCGAAACAAUCUGCAAUACAAGAUAAACACGAAGGAGAUAAAAGUAUUCUGAAAAGUGUUCAUUCAGAUCGGGUUGCUAUGCUCAAUGAUAGACCAUUAGCUUACAUGCGUAAACCUGAAAUACUAUUCACUGUACUGGCAAUUUUGGCAUUAUCCAUUCUUAUCAACCUUGCAUUCUGUAUUCGAUGCUUACUGUUACGUUCGUACAUUGAUGCUUCGAAUGAAGGGUCGAGUAAAACGGAUUGUUUAGCUGCCUGUCUAUGUUUACCAGAUGAGAUUAAAAAAGGAUCAUUGAUAAUGACAACACCAGUAUUACCACGAGCAAAUAUAACUUCACAUAUGAAUCAUGUAAGAAUAAAUGGUUCAGAUCAUGGAGUAUUCAAUUCAUCAUACAGUCUGUCUGCAAUUCAGAAAGUUCCUUUACUAUAUAAUGGUGCAUCAUACAAGGAUAAUCUCAGUCCGGCGUAUGUUCCGACAAAUUCAUUACCGGGUACAUUUAGAAAGCAUGGAAUGCAGAAUCUUAGAAAUGUUAGCACACCACAACAAUAUGGUGGUAGCCUGAUUCAUUCACAACCCUUAGAUAUGGAAAAUAAUAAUCUAACGAUGGUUGAAGAUACAAAUAAAUUUGUGAAUUUCACACCAACAUAUAUUCGUGCACCGUCGCUGAAUACACCUUCACCGAAUCUCAAUCGUGAUGUAGCAAAUAAUUAUGGGUAUUCUCCACAAACUGCUAUUCAUUACAUUGGACAGGGUGAAAUUCAUUCAUUUCCUCAGUAUUUAAUCCGAGUUCAGCAUCCACAUGUCAUAUAUGAUGACGUGGCUGCAGGGACAUCAAGUGUAGUUGGAUCAUUGGGUCAUAGUCCAAAUGGAAGUAUCUUAGAUGCUACUAAUCUUCAAGGUCAUUUAGCUCACUUUUCAAAUAUUAAUGCAUCUAAACAAAAUAACAUAUCACAACCAGUCAAUUCCAGUUUCUCUAAUAUGGUAAAUCUAUCCUCAGAUCCUCCAGUCCAAAGUCAUUACAUAUCUCUUCAACCCUCAGUAAAUUCUAAGCCAGUAGAUGACAAGGUUACAACUUCAACUGUUUUAUCUAUUUCCACACCAGGAUCUGCUAUAAUCCCCUCCAAUUCCAUGACAGAAAAUUUAGUUCACUCAAGACAGACAACAAUAACAAACAGUUUACAUGAUGAAGAAACAAUAAAAGAUGCACAACAAUAUUCAAUGACACAAAUGGAAAGUUUAUUAGACAGUAAAAAAUCAAGUACCAAUGCAACCAUCACAUCUUCCCCGUUGGUUAGCCUACCUUCAACAAGUAUGAGAACAAAAGAAAGCAAUUCCCUUGUAUCUGAUAGUAUUUCAUAGAAAAAUAAAAAGAUCUCACUUUCUAAUAAGAAGUUGCUGUACAAUAUAAAUCGAUGUAUUACAUAGCUUGAAGGCGUGAAUAGCACAGGAAUGUAUAGCAGUUAUCACUCGCAUCUAUGUUACUAUAACUUUUACUGAUUUUGACGUUGUUACGAUGACUGUCAUUCUUACUGUAACUUAGUUUUUUGUCACUUCAUUUCCAGUAGACUAUCUUUUUAUAUAUACCAGUGGUUAGAUAAAAUUACUUUGAGCAAGUAUUACUUCUUUAUUAUACCGUAAUUCUGGUUGUCGAACUUACUGUUAACUUGUACUGAACGUAUGCUUGAACAAUCAAAAUGAAAGUAUGCUUGUAUAUGUGAGGUAUUCCAGUUUAGAUAUUUUUGUCACAGGUAAAUGGUACAUUUCCUUACUUUAAUAAAAUCAUGAUAAGAUCAUAACUCUAACUGUUAAAAGUACAACUGAUAGUGGAUUUGUGUUUCACUUGUGAAUAAACACUUUUAUGAAUAAACAUUUUAUACAG